AUGGAUAAGCCGCGAGCAAAGACGGGUCCCGCAAACAAGAACCACAAAUCGUCUCGAAAAUAUGCGGCGCCGCAUGAUGCCAAACCGCCCCGUUAUACGCAUCGCAACCCCUCCGUCACCGCCUCUGCCAUUGCUUCUGAACCAAGAGAUGCCAAGGAAAGUCCAUCUUCAGCGACAGAUGCCAAGGAAACGGUGCAAAAGUUUCCGACCAUCCCACCGCUUCCUGCGCGGAUCACAAAGUUGGUGCCAUUAGAGGGGCUGGGAUGUGAGGAGGUGGUGGGGUCGCUGACGCCGAGCGAGGAGCGAGAGUACAAGGCAACCAACAAGCACACCGAGGGGAAGCGACCUGUCUACGCUAUCGUUUUCAACUUCCUCGAUGUUCGCUACUACGAUGUCUUCGCCACCGCUUGUGGUCCACGUCUGUCAACCUACCGCUGCCUCAUGAAUGGUAACUUUGCUCUUUUGCAAGGAUAUCUUGAUGACAAUAACAAUGAGUCAUUCUUCACUGUGAGCUGGGCUUGUGAUGUUGAUGGCAAUCCAUUGUUAGUGGCUGCAGGAAGCACUGGAGUCAUUCGAGUCAUCAACUGUGCCACUGAGAAGGUGCAUAAGAGUCUUAUUGGACAUGGUGGUUCAAUAAAUGAAAUAAAAUCUCAACCACUGAAGCCUUCACUCAUCAUUUCUGCAAGCAAGGAUGAAUCUAUUAGGCUGUGGAAUGUGCAGACAGGGAUCUGCAUUUUGGUUUUUGCUGGAGUAGGUCACAGGCAUGAAGUUCUUGGUGUUGAUUUCCACACAUCUGAUAUCUACCGCUUUGCAAGUUGUGGCAUGGACAACACUGUGAAAAUCUGGUCAAUGAGAGAAUUCUGGCCAUAUGUUGAGAAGUCUUAUUCAUGGACUGAAGUCACAUCAAAAUUUCCAACAAAAUUUGUCCAAUUUCCGGUCCUGGUUGCUGAAGUACAUUCUAACUAUGUGGACUGUACUAGGUGGCUUGGGGACUUAAUCCUGUCGAAGAGUGUUGAAAAUGAAAUUGUGCUGUGGGAACCGAUCACAAAAGAACAAAGUCCCAGCGAGGGUCACAUUGAUAUUCUUCAGAAGUACCCUGUGCCAGACUGUAACAUCUGGUUCAUGAAAUUCUCAUGUGAUUUUCACUUCAAUCAGAUGGCAAUAGGCAACCGUGAAGGUAAAAUCUAUAUCUGGGAAAUACAGGCCAGCCCUCCUAUUCUAAUUGCUCGGCUAAGCCAUCCACAACUGAAAUCAGCCAUAAGGCAAACUGCAGUCUCUUUUGAUGGAAGCACAAUCCUUGCCUGCACCGAGGAUGGCAAUAUAUGGCGUUUUGAUGAAGUGGAGCAGCCAGUAGUUCCAACUCCCAAGCAAGAAACAAAAGUGAAUUAGCAAUGAUAUACUAUUAAUUAAUAAGCCGAGUUGGCGAUUUAUUAUCAGUGAUUCAGUGAACUGCGAUUUGAUUUUUCAACAGUCUCAAGUGGUUUAUUAGCUGAAUGUUAAUCAUUACAACUUACCUGAGGAUGUUGUGGAUGACUUGGUUUCAUUAAUCAUUUUUC